AUGCAAUUUAGAAGGGUAUUGGUGAUGACGGGAGUGCUUGCGUCGCAGACGCAAGCACUCCGCAGUCAGGAGGAAUACCGUGUCGCAUCAGAGUUGCUUCCUGGGGUGUCGCAGCUUAAUAGUAAAUUGGUUCCGGAGAUGCAUGCUGGGCAGCUUCCGUUACGUGGAGAGGAUGAAGAUGGCAAACGGUUGUUCUUUUGGAGGUAUGCUGAGGAGGUUAAUGUGAAGGAUAAUCGCAGUAGCAGUGAUACUUUGAUAAUGUGGUUUAAUGGGGGGCCUGGCUGUUCUUCUAUGGAUGGGGCUUUGAUGGAGCUUGGGCCGUUCCGGAUUGAUGCUAGUGGGAAGGUUAUUCUGAAUGAGGGAUCGUGGCAUACCAGGGCGGAUUUGUUGUUUGUGGACCAGCCUGUGGGGACGGGGCUUUCAGCACGGGGGAGAAAUGGGAAGUAUGAUAACGAUUUGUUGGAUGUUGCGGAUGAUUUCAUCAAGUUUUUGGAGAACUACUAUGCGGUUUUCCCUCAGGACCGUAACAAGAAGUUAAUCUUGACGGGAGAGUCUUAUGCUGGGCAGUAUGUUCCAUAUUUCGCUCAGGCAAUUUUGCUGUACAAUAAGCGACUUGUUAAUGAGGGCAAGGUGCCGUUGGACUUGACUGGUAUGAUGAUUGGUAAUGGCUGGAUAGACCCUGAUCAUCAGUCGUUGUCGUAUCUACCGUUUUUGAUGGAUGUUGGACUUAUCCAUAAGGAGGAUUCGUUCUUUCCGGAUGCUUUAAAGUCUCAAGAAGCCUGCCAGAACAAAAUAAACCAGCAGAAUGGUCAUUUUUCCAACCCAGAGUGUGAUCAGAUUCUUGAUCAGCUUGCUUCAAACUUGCGGAACCAAAGCGCGCCUGAGAACCAGCGGUGCUUGAACUUCUACGAUUACCGGAUCCGUGAUUCGUACCCUUCUUGUGGGGUCAAUUGGCCUCCUGAUUUACCCCAUGUAACCAAGUUCUUCAACACUCCGGGUGUGCUUGAAGCUUUAAACAUUGCUGAGGGUAAAAGUAACACUUGGGAGGAGUGCAGCAAUGAUGUAUAUAAUGCGUUAUCGAAUCCUCGUGCUGUUCCUGCAGUGGACUUGCUUCCUGGUCUUCUAGACGCUGGUUUGGAGUUGAUAUUAUACAGUGGUGACAAGGACAUUAUUUGCAACGGUCUUGGUGUUGAACAGCUCAUCCAUGACUUAAAAUGGGGGGGCUCUACCGGAUUUACGCAAAACGUGCACCAGCACUCUUGGGUACAUGAGUACUCAGGAUCGGGAGGUAAACAAGAACCUGCGGGUUUCAUUCAAACUGAGAGAAACUUAACAUUCAUCACUGUUUAUAAUGCUUCUCACAUGGUGCCUCUGGAUGUACCUAAUGUCAGUAGAGGACUUAUCGAUAUUUAUCGUAACAGAGCAAUCGAUCAGUUGAAGUUAGCCAAUGCAAGUGUCAUAAUUACUCAAGACUCCUUGGAAGACAGUAAAGUGGUUGAAAAGGCCAGAUUAUUCAGCGCAGUUCAGGCUAGAAAUGAUGGAAUCUUUGAACACGAGCGUCACGGCCGGUUUACCUUUUCUGUGAUUUGUCUCGCAAUAUUUUCAUUUGUGGGUGUUACCGUAUACUAUAGUAUGUUUGGUACACAGGUUCCUAACAUUCUCAGACGUUCUCAUGAGAACGUGGAUGCUGGUAAGGUAGUGACUGAAUGCUUCGAGGAUGAUAUUGAGCUUGGUAUAACAGAUUUUUCGGCGGAAGAAUACAGACCUAAAAAUAAUACUAGGGGAAUGAAAAAAAACGGUUACGUCAGUCUCAAUCAACCUUGA